CCAUGGUAAGAAAACAAAUUAAUAUCAGAGAAUAUAUUAAUUAAUGGAGUCGGAAACCGCUUUAAGAGGCAAAUUAAUUGUCUUUGAGGGGAUCGAUAGAUCUGGAAAAUCAACGCAGAUUAGAUUACUAUCGCAAAAAUUGUCAGAGGAAAAUAUUAAAAACGAAGUAUUAACCUUCCCAUAUAAAACAACGCCUACUGGAAAACUGUUGAGAUCGUACCUCGGAAAUAGAGACGAGUCAAUACCAAAACAGGCACUCCAUCUCCUGUUUUCAGCAAACAGAUGGGAAGUAAUGAAUAGAAUCAUCAAAUUGUUAAAGUCAGGCACACAUGUAAUAACUGACAGGUAUGCCUUCUCAGGAAUCGCAUACUCGGUUGGCGCAGAGGGACUUGAUUUCAAUUGGUGUUUGAUACCUGAUACUGGAAUCGUAGAGCCUGAUAUCGUUUUUUACAUGGAUUUGGCCCCUGAAUGUUCUUCCGCAAGGGGGAAUUUCGGGUCAGAAAUCUAUGAGAAUCUUGAAAACAUGGAAAAUGUGUAUGAGGUUUUCAAAAGAUUCGGAAACCUUUCAUAUUGGAAUAAUAUCAAGGCGAAUCAUGACCGAGACCAAAUUCAUGAAAAAAUCUAUUCAAUUACGAAAAAAGUAAUUGAGCCUACAAACAAAUGCUUAUCUUUCCUACACUUUUAACUUAUAAUUCGCAAAAAUAAUUCUGUAUAAUAUAAUUUUCAGUUGA